UCCACCGAACCCCGACCAUAGAUGAUUUGCAUGACAGAUGCCUACCAUAACACACAUAUCACAUACCUCCUAGGUUCGUGUGCCGACUCAUUUUCCAACCGAAGAGGGUUUAGUGAGGUGAUAUGCGUGGAUUUCAUGGAUCUCAUGAGGCGGUAGAGACCACAUAUCACUGAGCCCUUCGCGCUUAUGGUCCAACAUUCUCAUCUUCAGUCUUUGCCAGUGAAAAUUUCCAAUUGAGAGGAAAAGACAUGAAGCCACUCCGCCGUAGCGCCCUCAUUGCGCCCUUACUUCACGGUUGAGCAGAGGCAUCUCUCUUGUGUUUUAUCAGCCAACCUUAUAAGUUGUAUACCUUAUACGUUGUAUAAAGACUCAAUAUCUGCGGCUCGGCAGACUUAUCCAGGAAUCGCUAUAGCCCCCCAAUCCUUAGAGAUCUUUAUCCUCUGAUAUAUAUCAAGGGGCUUUGUUAUUAGCACGCCAUUUCAUACAUCUAAGAAUCCGGGGAAUCCCUAAACUCGGAAAUCUUGUCUUCCUACAAUUUGUACCUCGCAGACGAAACCAGGAAGGACACUCAAGAAGACGAUUUACGAUAACUGAUGAUGAUGCUUCGGUCCCUGAUUCCCGUUGUUGCCAUCUGGCGUUCAGCUACGGCGUUGCUUGUCGGCGAUGACUCGUCAUGUAGGUCGAAAUGCGGCAAUGUGCUUUCUUCUACGACCAAGGAUAUGAUCGUAUGCGACGACUCUGCCUAUAGUGCUACGUCCCAAGGCCAGGUUUAUCAGGCUUGCGUUGGUUGCGAAUCGACAAGUACAUACAUGGGCCAGAGCACCUCUGAUCUACAAUCCAUGCUCUCUGGAGAUAAUAUGCGAUUUGCUACGAACAUAUGCUUAUUUGAUGCUUCUAAUCCGUGCAUCACGACCUUUGCUUGCGCGAAUAUUAAGGACGCCAUACAAUAUAACAACCUCUCAACCAGUAGCUCGACAUACGGCUACUGCGACCAAUGGACUGAUUACAACCUCGACAAGUGCCACUCUUGCUUAACUUCAUCGGGCAGUAACAAUUAUCUCAGCAACUUUAUAUCGGUUUUGGACGGCGCAUGCAGACUGAAGCUUGAGCCUCCGGCUACUAUCCCCUUACAGGGUAGAAUCUUCUCUAAUGACGCUGUGAAUGUCACCGAUCCCACACCAACGGCAACAUUCACGCCACCAGGGGUUACCGGCCCGUUGGACUCCGGAGCCAUUGCCGGUAUCGUCGUCGGCGGCCUCGUCGUUCUUCUCGCCUUCACCGGAUGUGGAAUCGUAAUCAUCGGAAAGCGCCGGAGAAGAGCGUACCUUCGCCACCGCGAACAAAUGACCAAGGAGUGGCCCGCCGCCAACAGUGGUGGCGCUGGCGGCGCCGGCGACAUGCGCGAGACCCCCCUCAGCCAGCGGCCUCUGCGUGGCUGGGAUAACUCGCCAAUAAGUGGCACCACGGAGGGAACAUACCCCCCGUACCCACAAUACUUCUCACCAUACUCCUCGCAGUAUAACAGCCCCGUCAGCGCAGUUGAAGGCCCAAGGAACACAGCCUGGCCACCGGAGAAAGCGGUACAGAAUAUCGGCGUCGCGAUCAGCCCGGACCACGACUACCAUCACAACUGGGCGGCGGAUAGCAAGGGGAAGGAGAGAGCAGCAAGCAUGGCAGGACAAGACGAAUACGAGCUGCAGGAGGGCGUGAAUAGCGCAGGCGGAUACUCAACGAACUCGCAGAUACCGCAAUUGCAUAUAAACAGUCCGCCGGUGCUUAACCACCCGGGCUAUGGGAGACAUGGGAAUCAUUCUGAGACGAAUGUGAUAUAGGUAAUAGUGGAGGUGUAUGACGGAGCACUCGGAGCAUUGUCUGGAUUGGAGUUGAGUUGGCUUGAGCGUUGCUUUUUGCUUUUUGUUUUGCUCUGGCGAAGGGCAUGGUAUAUGUAAAACCAGCAUGGAGUCAGGGCCAGGGUGUGUAAUCAGAUACCUAAAGGACAGGGGCGGAAAGGGGGGGUCGGCCGGUCAAAUGUGAUUUUUUAAUACCUACCUAACUACACAUCUACUUACUAAGGACCUAAGUAACCCAUUUAUUUGCCUAACUUAAUUCAUAAAUGCCU